AUGGAUCCAUCUAAAACUUUAGUAGUUGAUAAUGGAACAGGGUUUGUUAAAGUUGGUUAUGCAGGUUCUAAUUUUCCACAACAUGUUUUUCCCUCUGUUGUUGGAAGACCGAUUCUUCGUGCGGAAGAAAAGGUUGGAAAUGUGGAGGUGAAAAAUAUAAUGGUCGGUGAUGAAGCUGCCGAGUUACAUAAUCGGCGUGAAAUGGUAAAAACGAUGUUUGAAAAUUACGGAUUUCAAGGUGUCCAUGUUGAAAUUCAGGCUGUAUUAACUCUUUAUGCUCAAGGACUUAUGAGCGGUGUCGUGAUUGAUUCUGGUGAUGGAGUGACUCAUAUAGUUCCAAUUUUUGAUGGUUAUGCUCUUCCACAUCAAGUUCGUAGAUUAGAUGUAGCAGGAAGAGAUGUAACAAAAUAUCUAAUAAAAUUGCUUUUAUUGAGAGGUUACGCUUUCAAUAGAACUGCCGAUUUUGAAACAGUGAGACAAAUAAAAGAAAAACUUUAUGGAAGAGUGAUUAAAGUUGGGUCUGAAAGGUUCGAAGCACCAGAAUGCAUGUUUCAACCACAUUUAGUAGACGUUGAAAAACCUGGUGUUGCAGAAAUGCUUUUCGAGUCAAUACAAGACUCGCCUGUUGACGUUAGAUCCGAGUUAUAUAAACAUAUAGUAUUAUCAGGAGGUUCUUCAAUGUAUCCUGGUCUACCAAGUAGACUUGAAAAAGAGCUUAAACAAAUAUAUUUACAAAGAAUAUCAGAUGAUCCACCAAGGCGUAAACAUAUGGUAUUUCUUGGCGGUGCCGUAUUAGCUAACAUUAUGAAAGAUAAAGAAUCUUGGUGGAUUACCAAACAAGAAUGGGAAGAAGAAGGUGAUAGAGUCUUGGAAAAAAAAAUAGAGAAAAAGGCUUAA